CCUCCGUAAACCAGCAUCCCUUACUCAGUAUUCAGCUGGGUCAAGGGCUAUGAAUCAAAACAGACAUACAAGUAUACACUAACACGCCAUCAACAACGAACUCUAAGUGGUGUUUUGCUGCAGUAAUACAAAUCUUACAUAGUCGACAUUCUUCUUGGUUACACCCAAUGUCUCAAACAGCAACAUCCCAAGGCGCCACCCUCGUCGCCGAAGACGAGGAGGAAAAUGGCACUUACACCAAUAGCGGAAUCACAGGAUGCUCAUGCUGUGUGAACCCUUCAUCAGUGCUUGAGCCCAUCGACCUCUCCGACAGGCCCGACACCAGUCUUCUCGAUGAAAACGAAAACACUUUCUGCCUUUGCCCCUUAUUUGGCCCUUUGCUGUUCGAAAAUGAGAGUAGCGACUGUAGAGAUCACUGCGCGAACGAGAGAACGUUCCUCUCCUUCCUUCGUUUGUCCAUCUACAUGGCUAUCGUCUCAGUCGCCAUAGUGCUCUCGUUCCAUCUUCGCAAGGCGGCUAGCGAAUUGGAGUUGCGGAUGGCGAAGCCGUUGGGGAUCAUAUUCUGGGCGUUGUCUGUCUCUUGCCUUGGUGUAGGAGUCGCUAAUUAUAUCCAAACUGUGAAUAAGUAUAGCCGUAGGGCGGCAAUUGUUCAAACAGGUUGGAGAACACAGACCAUCAUGGGCGUGAUAGCCCUUUCCAUAGUCGGGGCAUGUAUUACGCUUUUAGUUGUGAACAAAUACGGAGAGCAAGCUGACGAGUAGUCUGACGAGGACAUCAUCAUGCGGAAGUUGAUUUGAAUAUCUUGCGACAGAUAGAAAAAGUAAGUAUAACAAGAAGGUUAUCAAUGGUUUGUUAAUAACCACAAAGCAAAGGAAAGACCGAAAGCGGACAAGUGUCGGGGACAAUCGACACGAUACAGUGCAAAACAAUGCCAGCAUUAACCUACAAUCUAGUGCUGGUUUAUUUGUUAGCUUGGUACCUACUACUGGUACACUGGGCAAGAUCUCUUCCGAAUUAUCCCAAACCUUUCAAGGACUAAAUGAAUAGCUAAGUACGGAUCCGAAAGGCAUUAACAAGAUUUAAUACGGUGUAUUUUAUUUUGGAAAAAGCAUAUUCCCAGUUAAAUUACACUUUGGUCGAAGA